UGCUGGGCCGGCUGACAGAGCCCGGGCUAGUCAGAGUGCUGCAGCUGGAGGGUUGUUAUUCCGGAGUCUGGGUGACUGUGGAGGUCCGAGUAGGGGGAAUUGGGGCGGGAGUGAGCUAGGGGCCGAGUGGCGGGAAGAUGGAGGAGGAGGAACUGGAGUUCGUGGAGGAGCUGGAAGCUGUGCUGCAGCUGACGCCCGAGGUGCAGCUAGCCAUCGAGCAGGUAUUUCCAAGCCAGGAUCCUCUAGAUCGAGCAGAUUUCAAUGCUGUUGAGUAUAUCAAUACCCUGUUCCCAACAGAGCAAUCUCUGGCAAAUAUAGAUGAAGUCGUGAACAAAAUUAGACUGAAAAUAAGGAGACUGGAUGAUAAUAUUCGAACGGUUGUAAGGGGUCAGACAAAUGUGGGACAAGAUGGAAGACAGGCACUUGAAGAGGCCCAGAAAGCUAUUCAACAGCUCUUUGGCAAAAUCAAAGAUAUCAAAGACAAAGCAGAAAAAUCAGAGCAAAUGGUAAAGGAAAUCACCCGUGACAUUAAGCAGCUAGACCAUGCCAAACGCCACUUGACCACUUCCAUCACGACACUGAACCACCUGCACAUGCUGGCGGGUGGCGUCGAUUCCCUCGAAGCCAUGACCAGACGCAGACAGUAUGGAGAAGUUGCUAAUCUCCUUCAGGGUGUAAUGAAUGUUCUGGAGCACUUCCACAAGUAUAUGGGAAUCCCACAGAUCCGGCAGCUUUCUGAAAGAGUGAAGGCUGCCCAGACUGAGUUAGGACAGCAAAUCCUGGCAGAUUUUGAAGAAGCAUUUCCUUCCCAGGGUACCAAGAGGCCGGGAGGACCCAGCAAUGUCCUGCGAGAUGCAUGUCUGGUUGCUAAUAUUUUGGAUCCCAGAAUCAAACAGGAAAUCAUCAAAAAGUUUAUUAAACAGCAUCUGUCAGAGUAUCUGGUACUUUUUCAAGAAAACCAAGAUGUUGCCUGGCUGGACAAGAUUGACAGACGCUAUGCCUGGGUAAAACGGCAGCUUGUGGACUAUGAGGAAAAGUAUGGUCGAAUGUUUCCACGUGAAUGGUACAUGACCGAGAGGAUUGCGGUUGAAUUUUGCCAUGUGACAAGGGGAGAACUUGCGAAGAUUAUGCGUGCCAGAGCCAAGGAAAUUGAGGUGAAACUGCUUCUUUUCGCUAUUCAGAGAACAACUAACUUUGAGGGAUUUCUGGCCAAACGUUUCUCUGGCUGUACACUGACUGAUGGAACUCUGAAAAAGCUGGAGUCUCCACCACCAUCUACCAAUCCCUUCCUGGAAGAUGAACCAACACCAGAGAUGGAGGAGCUGGCAAUGGAAAAGGGAGAGUUAGAUCAACCAAAGAAGCCUAAAGCGCCAGACAACCCAUUUCAUGGCAUUGUUUCCAAGUGUUUUGAGCCUCAUCUCUAUGUGUAUAUUGAGUCCCAGGAUAAAAACCUUGGAGAGCUGAUAGAUCGGUUUGUGGCUGAUUUCAAAGCCCAGGGGCCACCUAAGCCCAACAUGGAUGAAGGGGGCGCUGUGCUCCCGAGCUGUGCCGACCUCUUUGUCUAUUACAAGAAGUGCAUGGUGCAGUGCUCACAGCUCAGCACUGGGGAGCCAAUGAUAGCGCUGACCACCAUUUUCCAAAAGUACCUCCGAGAAUACGCCUGGAAAAUCCUCUCUGGCAACCUACCCAAAACCACCACCAGCAGUGGAGGAUUAACCAUCAGCAGCCUCCUCAAGGAAAAGGAGGGCUCCGAAGUGGCCAAGUUCACUCUUGAGGAGCUCUGCCUCAUCUGCAGCAUCCUUAGCACAGCAGAGUACUGUCUGGCCACCACCCAGCAGCUAGAAGAAAAACUCAAAGAGAAAGUAGAUGUAAGUCUGACAGAGCGAAUCAACCUCAUGGUAGAAAUGGAUACCUUCAGCACUGUCAUCUCCAGCAGCAUUCAGUUGUUGGUUCAAGACCUAGAUGCAGCCUGUGAUCCUGCCCUGACCGCCAUGAGCAAGAUGCAGUGGCAGAAUGUGGAGCAUGUUGGUGACCAGAGCCCCUAUGUCACCUCUGUCAUUCUUCACAUUAAGCAGAAUGUCCCCAUCAUCCGCGACAACCUGGCUUCCACACGGAAAUACUUUACUCAGUUCUGCAUUAAAUUUGCAAACUCUUUCAUUCCCAAAUUCAUCACCCACCUCUUCAAGUGCAAGCCAAUCAGUAUGGUGGGAGCAGAACAGUUGCUGCUGGACACCCACUCCUUGAAGAUGGUCCUGCUUGACCUUCCUUCCAUCGGCUCCCAGGUGGUGAGGAAGGCGCCUGCCAGCUACACUAAGAUUGUUGUGAAAGGCAUGACCCGGGCUGAGAUGAUCCUCAAGGUGGUGAUGGCCCCUCAUGAGCCCUUGGUGGUGUUUGUGGACAACUACAUCAAGCUCCUUACAGACUGCAACACUGAAACCUUCCAGAAGAUACUGGACAUGAAAGGACUGAAGAGGAGUGAGCAGAGCAGCAUGCUGGAGCUCCUGCGCCAGAGGCUCCCCACGCCACCCUCAGGGGCCGAAGGCUCCAGCUCCCUGUCCCUGAUGACGCCCACCCCAGAACAGGAGUCUUCUCGUAUCCGCAAACUUGAGAAACUAAUUAAGAAAAGACUGUAGGAGCACAGAACCCUCAGAAGCCAGUUUCUGGAAGCCCUCAACUGCCGCCUUUUAAUCCCAUGACUCUCAGAUCCUGUCUUGAGAUUUCCUGGGACAUUGGAGUUGUUAGUAUGUCCCUCCUGUCCCCUGUCUUAAUUCCGUCCCGGCUGGAGAAGCUGGUUAUAAAAUAGCAAUUUCCAUUAUCUCUUGUUCCUGAAGUGGAGGCAGCCAUGGUGAGGGCACGCAGUAGUUCAGUCACUGCUUCCACAGUGAUGGGGUUGCCAUGGACUUUUGUGGCCUCCCUCAGCAGUCACCGCUACCCCCACCACACACUUGUGAGGCAGCUGGGGUGGGGAAGCAUGGACCUUGCCCUUCCUCCCCUACAACCAUUGGGUUUUCCUCCUUGUCCUUGGGAUGACUGUGGGGCCUGAGUGAUGAGCAGACUGCAGGACAGGAUGCUGCUGUUCUUUAUGAAGGCAGUGGAGGCAAGUGCACUUUUCUGUGUAAAUCUCAGUUUUCUGGGACAUACUGUGUUCCUGAUACCUAUUAUGUCAGGACCAAGUUUUCCCGUGUACUCCAUUUCUUGUUCUCCAGAGGAUAGAGGCCCUCUCCGUCCUUAGCAUGGAGGCCUACAUUCACCGGGUGUUGACAGACCAGGUGUGGAAGCAACCCUAGAUCUGAUUUAAUGACUUAGUUCCACUUAGCAGGGCACCAGGAUAAGUGAGCAGAUUAUUUCCUCCGUUUCUUUAUUCCCGCUCUGCCCCAGAGCUCUAGGGAAGAGAUUGCCUUCUAUACAUGGAAACCAGAAAGUCUUCCUAAAAGCCUCUCCUAGGCUUUCUUUGCAGAUGAAACUGCGAGAGGGAGUAGGAGGCCUAUAUCAUCUGAUCUUCUCCCUGCUCAUUCAUUUCCAAGUCCAGAGCACUUUCCAGCCACCUGAAACAACAGAAAGUACUGUGCAGUGCCAGUGUGGCACAUUACUGUGCUACUGACUGGAAAGAACCCAGCCGUUGGAUACCUAAGAGCAGAAUGUUGUUGUUACACACCAAACUCAGGACCUGGCACCACCCGGAGCACAGCCUGACCCCGGCCUGUCCUUCCUGAUCACCACCAGUUCUUGGCAGCAGAGCUGUGCAGAAAGCUGCUCCAUAUAGCUGCUUCAGCCCUCUCAUGGCAUCCUGCAUCAGGGAACAGGCAACAUUUCAGGGAGUCACUCCAGUUCGUUGGUCCAUUGAAACCCUCAGAGUGGAUGCUCUAAUAACAGCUUUUAUCCAGGUAGUAUGUUUGUUGGAUAGGUGGGAAGCUGAGGAGGAAGGUGGAGCUCCCCACAGAGCUCCAUAACAGGCCUCCGGAUAAAACUGAAAUACCAAAGGGUGGGGGUGUGGCUCAGCAUCGGAGCACUUGCCUAGCAUUCUUGAAGCCCUGGGUUCCAGCCCUAGCACCACCUGCCAAAUAAUAAUAAUAAUAAUAUAUAUCACAUAACAGAAGUGAGUUUUCAGGAUGGGAAGUUUUCUUGAAAGUCUAUAAAACCUGUGACAGUCUACGGCAGACACCUCAAAGGAUUGAAGAGUUUACCAGAAACGUUAUUUGUUCCCCCUGUUUUUCCAACGUAACCGCUCUGCACUGUUUCCAUUGGCCCUUCUGACUGUCCAUCAGCCACAGCUUUGGUCCUUGGGCUCUGUGUGUGUGUGUGUGUGUGAGCCUGGACAGUGCUAGGCAAACACUCAACCACUACUCUAGCAACCCCAGAUCCUCACUCUUCAUCAGCUUUCAGCAUGUUCUUGGUAGUCAGCAGGGCUCUUACUUACUUGGCAUUUCAAAUUUGAGAACAGUAAGUAGAAAAACAUGGUGAAAGAAAGAGAUGUGGCCUUUAGUUGAGCUCUUAUGGAAAGAGAUUCUGAAUUAGGCAAGGGCUGCGAGGGUGGGGAGGGCACCCGGGGGGGCGCUAAUGAGAGGGACCCUCUGCUUUGUGCUCCCCUGCUGGAGUGAUUGGAAAGAAGGGGUGGUGGGCUGUCUCUAGACAGCAUAGUCAGCCAUCUGUCAUCAGCCUUGGGGAGCUGGGAAAGCCCACGACUCCUGCACCUGGUUCUUGUCACUCUUGGUGUUUACAGAUCAGCGCUUCUCUUUUUGGUUCACUCAGGAGGAGUUGUUUUCUAGAUGUCUCCAUUAUGGCACUGAGGUGUCAAGCUGCUGUGUUUCCCAGUUGGUGGUCACAGCCAGGGAAGUUGCUCUCUGAUUUAGUACAUUGUCAGUAAUCCCCAGGGGGCCAACAGAUGUCAGUAGGAGCUGUGUUAAAUGUCUCACUGAUGGGACUGAAUGCUGUGUGUGCUUUCUGUAGAGAUACAUCAGAAUCACCUGGGGUUCUUUUAAAAAAAAAAAAUGCAGGUGCCAAGAGAUUUUGAGUCAGUAAAUCUGCAGUGGGUCCUGGUAUGUCGGUUUAUUUAUUUUUGGUUAGGUUUUUUGUUUGUUUAUUUUUUGAGACAGGAUCUCACUAUGUAGUUCAGGCUGGUUUGAACUUGCUAUGUAGCAGAGGGUGGCUUUGAACUUGUGGUAAUCUUUCUGCCUCAAUCUCUUGAGUGCUGGGGUUACAAAUGAGUGCCUCCUCAUCUGGAUGUAGAAUGUAGGUUUAAAAGCUCUGUAGGAAAAAUAAAAUAAAUAAAGACCUGUAAAAGCCAGGCGUGAUGGUACAUGCUUGUAAUCCCAGCACACAGGAGGCUGAGGUAGGAGGCUCAUUGCAAGUUUGAGAUUAUACCUGGGCUACAAAUUCAGCUAAAGGCCAGCCUGAACUGUGUACCAAGACCCUGUCUCAAAAGAGAUCAAAAAAAAAAAAAAAAAACAGCUUCGUAGGUGAUUACAGUUGUCUAUCAGCAUCCAGGAGGAUUUGCUGCGGGAUCUAUAGAUACCAAAAUAUGAGAUGUUCAAGUUCCCUAUAUAAAAUGAAGUAGUAUUUGCAUAUGUUCUGAGCACAUUCUCUCUAUGCUGUAAGUCAUCUUUAAACCACUUCUGCUACCUAAUACAAUGUAAAUGCUACACAAAUGGUUAUACUGUAUUUAUGGGAUGAUGAUAAAAAAGGCUGUAUAUAUUUAGUACUUUUUUUUUUCCCAGUACUGGAGAUCGAACUCAGGACCGCCUGCUUGCAAGGCAGGUGCUUAUGCCUCUGAGCUAAAUCCCCAGCCCCAUAUAUUUAAUACAAACACAGGGUUUUUUUCAAAUACUUUUGACCUGCCUCUGAUGGAAUCUACAGAUGUAGAACUCACAGACACAGAAGGCUAACUGUAAUGUUUACUUCUUGCUAAGAAUCAUUGCAAUGGAGAGAAAUUUACCUUAUUGAAGGGAUUUUGUAGCCCAUUUUCUUAGUAUAUAUUUUUUGGUUCCCGAAGAAAGUUUAGCUACUGUACAGUGGUCUUUGCUGGUAAUUAAUAGUUUUAAACUUGUGUUGGUGGUUGGAACCACCCUAGGAAUUGGGCUGUCCUCAUACUGAUUAGGUUAUUUUGAUGAUCACACUCCAAACAACUUUUUUUAUUAUUGUUACUUCCAAGGAACGUAUAUAAAGGACCAUACAUUGAUAAAAGUGAUAGCUGACACUCAGUGAUUUGGCUAAAAUUAGAUUUAUUCCAUCCCUCCUCAACACAUUUUCUCUAACCUUUAAAAAAAAAAAAGCUUUGAGUCCACUUUGUCAUUAAAGUAAGUAUUGGUAUUAUGGAGAGACUUCCUGGGCCCUGCCUCAAGGUGCUCAGCUGGACAAAGCUGUGUUUACGCCAUCCCCACAAUAGGCAGCAUGUUUUGACCUCUAAAUUCAGUUCUAAAUUUGAAGCUAUCACUGUUUACUCCUCCCUAGCAAAAUAAGGAACUAGUAGCCACGACCCUGCCCAGAACCCAGAUAAGGUAUGUGCCUUCUCAACGCUAGAAAGGCUCCUCAUGCAGAUCAGACAGGAAUAAAUAAAAGCAGAGAAACUGGGAACAGCAUAACAGUGACAGGCACGAGGGUGGAAGGCAGGUCUGAGGUGCAGGCGUUGUUACCUGGGUCUGUCCUGAAUUUUCAGAUAAGGAAGCCUUUUCCCUGUUUACAGAAUGCUAAGGGAGGUGCCAGAAGUACACAGCUGGGUAUGUAAUUCCUCUCCUUGGGAAGAAGUCUCAAAAUAGCUAGCUUGCAUGAGGAUGAAGGCAAGUGUUCCACACUUCUUGUCUCCUCCAAUCAGAUUCCUAAAACUAAAGUCAUUAGAACCGACUGUAUUGAGCCAUUUAAGCGUUAACCUUGGAAAUGUGGACUCAUGAAAAACUGGCAGAUGUGAAGAAUACCCUUGUACUUUAUAUGUUAAAUACAAAUUUCCACUCCCAUCCUAGUAUCUAUCAAAAUAGCUUCUUGGGCCCUUAGAGUUGUAUACCUUAGAGAAAUCUAAAUUUCUUUAAAAUAAAGGGAUCUUUUUUUAUGUAGAUAUCAUCUUGCCCAUCUGGAAAUGAUUCAUUGGUGCAUACUGGAUACAAAACACUGCAGUUAAUUAAAGCAUUACUGGAGUCA